AUGAGGCUGUUAAACACAAAGUCGCUUAACCUCGAGAUAUUUCCUACCAAUGAGGACAUACGUUAUGCCAUACUGUCCCAUACUUGGCGGGAGGGGGAAGUGACAUUUGCAGACCUCCACCAACACGAGAAUCGAACGGAAGCCCGAGGGUGGGACAAGAUACGUCGAAGUUGUGAAAUAGCUUCUGAGCUGGGGUUCGACUAUAUAUGGGUUGACACGUGCUGCAUUGACAAGACAAGCAGCGCGGAGCUGUCGGAAGCCAUCAACUCAAUGUUCCAUUGGUACGAGAAGGCCGAAGUGUGCAUCGCCUAUCUAGAUGACUUGACCCUCGCAGCAGAUUCAGCAGCGGUGGACUCCGAUUUCGAGCAAUGUCGCUGGUUUUUCAGAGGCUGGACGCUCCAGGAACUUAUCGCUCCCCCAGAGUUGCGAUUCUACUCCAAGGAAUGGAACUUUGUCGGCACAAGGACGUCUCUCAAAGCCAUCAUUGCGAAAACCUCGCGUGUCCCCGACAUGAUGCUCGAGGCGCACGUGCAUGGCCAAAGACAAAGGCUCGACAAUUUUUCGGUGGCGGAAAAGAUGAGCUGGGCUGCCAACCGCAGGACGACUCGACCGGAGGACAUGUCCUACUGUUUGCUUGGAAUCUUCGAUAUCAACAUGCCUUUACUUUAUGGAGAGGGCCAGGGCAAAGCUUUUAGGAGACUUCAAGAAGAGAUUAUCAAAUCUACAAACGAUGAUUCUAUUUACGCCUGGAGCUAUUCCGAAGAACAGUCCAAGAAGCAGCAUUUCUGGGGCCUCUUGGCUGACACUCCAUCUGCCUUUGGACAGCACAGGGAGGGCUUCGUGGUAAAACGAUCAAGAUAUCUAGCACGGCGCUCAAAUCACGUAGCCACAGUCUCCAACCGCGGCCUCAACGUAGAGUUCGCGCUGGCGCCUCUUCUAAACGAUAAAUCGGACACCAUCUUCAUCGCCAUGCUGGACUGCGACAUGCAGAAAGAAAACUCAUCGCACUCGCUGACGCCGGCCAUAAUCCUCCAAAAGAUGUCGUGGCACAGCGAUUCCGAGUUUGUCCGCAUACGACCAGACUUCUUGCUCGUUCAGCUAAUGAAUCGCAUAAUAUUGCCCACAGCCGACGACCUCGCUCAAAUGCGUGACGGCCUCCGUCUCCCAGAAGCCGUGCCGCGACAGAUAUUUGUCCCGCAUAACUUAUCCGCCCUGCGUGCUCCGCGGGGCAUCUUGUUUCAUCCUGCAGUCAAGGAACAGUCUCAAUCUAUGAAGCCUCAAGAUUCGCUUGUAGUGGAUGUACUCACGCAACCUUCUGAAUGGCUUUAUUUCGACGAAAGAUCGCACGACGGAAGCAUAGCAAGCCCCGGGCAAGCGAACCACGACUUCUUUGACAUCUUAUCAUCAUUACAAAGAGUGCAGUCAUAUGUAUUGAAUUUUAAACCCUUCUCUGAUCUAGGAGUUACAGAGCCCACGCAGGCAAUGAUCCUUGGGUCGUUAGAACUCGAAAUUAAGCAACAAAGUGGAUGGAACAGCUGGCAUGUGUGCUUGGUAACGGGACUGGAGCCGCUCCCGCCAAACCCCUUUGGCACGCCAUCUCUGUAUACUGUACCGUGGUAUGCAUUUGAGACAAAGGCCAAGGUCAUGGCGGGAGAGCUCGAUGCGGUGUUGGACAAGAAGACGAGGCGGGGGUGGCAUAGACUGCUGGAUGAUAUGGUGAUGAGAGUCGAUUUCGAUCUCGAGAGUCGGCACUCGAGGUUGUAUUACAAUGCGGUGUUGAAGGUGAUUACGCCGUCAGAGAGAUAUGGUGGGACGAAUAACUCCAGGCCAAGUACAUGA